AUGAAUUCAAAGAAAAAUAAAGUGGGAUCUAAUCAAGAUUUGUACCGCAUUUGUCCAUCACAAUUAACUAAACAUGAACUGGAAGACUUGUACUUUACCGUCCUUGAGACUAAUAUACAAUUGAGAAAGACUAUCAAUGAACAGCAAGAGAGGAUCAAGACAUUGUGUAAUAAAACGCAAAGGAAGACUUCCGCUCUGAAAGUCCUUCAGGACGAGGAGAGAAAGAACUGUUGUGUCUUUACCAAUAUUAAGGUUAAACAGCAGAAGGAAUCCUUAGAAAAUUUAAGACGGGCACAUGAAAAGACGGCAGAAAGGGUCCGCAAAUUGAACACACAGGUGUGUUCAACCAAUCACAAUUCAAGAUUGUGUUCACCUAACUGUGCUCAAAAUAAUAGUUCAAAGUGCAUCAAAAAUACAGCAAGUACAGCCAAGCAUUUGUGUAAUUCAGCUCAAAUAAGUGCACAAGCGGAAGAAAAACAUACAGCAAGUUCGGCCAAGCAUCAAUGUCAUUCAGCUCAUAUGGAUGCACAAACGUAUGAAAAAGAUGCUAUUUUACAACACACAUACGCUCAAACCGAGAUGCUGAGAGAUAAAUUGCAACCAGCGGAAAUCAAAACUGAGCUGCAGAAAGAAAAUGUCGAGGCGAAUGUGAAGACUGAAAAUUCUUUGAAACAUAAAACCCCCUACAAAUAUCACGAAAAAGAAGGUCAGAAGGACACAUUGUGUGAUGAGAAUAGAUGUAGGACACUUAUGGAUGAGUUAAAAUUGAAGAUUACCCACUUAGUUGAGGAACUUGCCCAGACACAUAAAAAAUAUUCUGAUCGAAUUAGUCGUCUGGAGGAUGGAGUCCAUGAAUAUCGUAAAGAAAACACGCAAAUGGACAGCAAGCGUAUGGUUGAAGGGCAGGAGGUCUCUCUACCAUCAGAGACUUACUGGAACAAAUUGGUCAAUAAUCUGAGAAACUCUGCAGCAUACUCUGCGGAUCUCGAAGUGCAACUUGAAAAGGAAAAGAAGAAAGUGUCUGAGUUGCUCUCACAAUUGAGACUCUCUCAAUUACAUAAUCAGCUAACGCAAGAACAUCAAUUAAUAAAUAAGAAAGUAAUGGAAAAUAGAGAAGAUACAGAAGAUUAUGCACAACAAGAGGGCUACUCUUGGACUUGUAACUGUAAUCCUAAUUGUCCGAACAACCAAUGCCCAUUUAGGAAUAAACCUAGUUUCAAGCAUCAGUGCACCUCUAAAUGCUACAGUGAAAACAACACGCCUGCAAAGUCUUCUAUCUCUUCUAAUACAAGCAAUAAAAACAAUUAUGAUGUCGGAAAAAAUAAUGAUAUAGUUAAUUCCAAUAAAGAUCAAGGCUUAUCUAUAACUACAAAAUCUGUAAAACUAUCUGAUAUAGAUAAUGGACAAUAUCAAACAAAUACUGAGGAGAAUAAAAAUAUGAACAACAAUUCUAAGCGUAUUUUAAACGGCAACAAUAAAAAAGGAACAAUGAUAGCACCAUCUGUAGAACCAUAUAUACUUGAGGACACUAAAAAUCGAGAUUUCACUAAUACAGAAACAUCUCCUGGUGUUAUUGAAAACUACAACGUGGAUAUUGAAGAUAAAACUCCAGCACUACCAGCUGCUAAUCGAAUGCAAACUGUACCUGCAACUAGUGUCAGAAAUUCUGUUAACAUGAGUCGUAAUAGAACUAAAGAUAUGUUUGAUUUCAAUAAAACAAAUAAGAUAUCUGAAUAUACCGAGAAUGAAAAUAAUGAUACUGAUGACAGACACGAGUCUCAAAAUGGUACAGCCACUGAUAGAAGUGAGCGCAACACUAAAGAUUUUACUGAGGUGAAUGACAAUCAGAGUAAAGAUUUAAAAAUGGAUGACAAGAAAAUGAGUCAAGAGAAAGCUGAUAUAAAAAAAGUAAACGAGAAAACUAAUGCCAAUGGAAGCCGAAAUAGUGUCGACGCUAACAAGCAACAAUUUCUGUCAAAGAGAAGAAGUAAAUCAGUUUUAUCUAAUGUUUACCAAAAUCGCAAUAUGGCAAGUCCUAGUUUCCUAGUUAAGUGUCUCGAAGGUAUUAAUGAGGACCAAACCAAAACAGUAGCUGAACUUAAGCGCCAGCAAAAUACGUCACAGAAACAGAGUGGUAAAACUGAAAAAGCUCAAAAUGUCAAUUUAAUACCAAAUGUUGAUAAUAGUAUUGAAAGUGAUGAUAACAUACUACAAGAUACCAUUGGCUUGAUGAGAACUCUAAGUACAUUUACAAGUGGUAAAACUGAAAAAGCUCAAAAUUAUAAUUUAAUACCCGGUGUGGUUAAUAGUAAUGAAAGUGAUGGUAACAUACCACUAGACACCAUUGGCUUGAUGAGAGCUCUAAGUACACUUGCAGUACAGAAGAAUACUACUGAAGAAAGAGAUGACAAAAAGGACUCAAUGGAUAAUAAGUCUCAAACUCAUAAUUCACAAAACCCGCUACCAGCAGAUUUGGAUAGUAAUUUGAACCCCGGAACAAGUCAAAACAGGACAGUAGUUGGCAGCUAUAGUAUACCUGAAGAGACUAUGGGCUUGUUAAGGCUUAUUAGCACAGUUCGGGAAAACAUUCGCAAAAAUACCAUAGAUAGAGAGAAAUCGCAAAAGACACCCCUUGAAGCUGCAUUGGAUUCGAAGGUUGAAGUUCCAAAACAAGAAUCUAGUACUCAACCAGUAGCGGUAGGUCCUGACCAACACAAUGCUCAAACUCAAUCAGAAAUAAGCGAAGAAAGAUAUCGAAACUUAGAUGAUGAUAGAUGUUCCUUUAAAGACGUUAAUGAAGUAUUUAAAGAGAUAAAAGAAACUAAAGUAGAAUUAGAAAGGCUUAAAGAACAAUUGAAAUCAAAGAAAGGAAUUAAUAAAGACCUACUGACAGAAAAUACUGAAAAUGUCCCUACAAAAGACAAAGAAAUUGAGGAAGGUUUUAUCAAAAAUGGAAGGGGUGCUGUAAUGAAUAAUGAAGGAAGAAUCUCAGGAGCUUCAAUGAAUUAUUUCUUGCAACCUAAUACAGAGUUGCUAAAACAAGUCAAAGAUGUUGUUAAAGAAAGCCAGGUAGAAGUUUCGCCAGAAAAAUUAGAAGUACGCGAGAAUACCGUUUCCUCAACGGCCCAGCGCGAAAUAGCGACCUACCGAAGAAAUAGUGGUACUCUGUGCUUCAAGACUGUACCAGCUUCGAAACGUUCUCAACUUUGUCAGUGUGACGAACAAUCAUAUUGUGAAAUGGUACAAAACAAGGGUACUCAAACAGUCUCAGAGAUUAAUAACGGGAGUCAAAACGAACAGAACUGUGCUACAGGCCAUAUCAAAUGUACACGUACUAUUGUAUCUAAAAACAUGAUCAGUCAAACGCCUAAAACGAUCACUAUGUCAAGUUCAACUGCAAAUCGUCCUUCCAAGCAGUCGAAUGAACAUAAAUUUGGCGACUUAAACACCCAGAGUUUGAAUAACUAUUUAAAUGGCAAAGAAGAGGCCGUGCAAACUAAUGCAAGUUCCUCUCGGAAUGAAUAUAAUACCAAUAAGAGCAAUAGCUUGGGCACCGAGACCUCAACCGCAUCAGAUAAAGAUAUAAAAGGAACACUGAUAACUCUUAAAGAAGAGUUAGAGCGAUGCAAGCAAUUGGCUCGACAAAAUAAUCUGAUAGAGAGUGGUAUGGAAAUACAUAAUACUUUAGAAACGAAGGUCAGUGAAGAAGUAUUAAAUGAAUUUGAUGCGGGAUGUCAGCUUAAAAGGGGACAAGCUAUGCACUCAGUCAAUGAGCAGUAUUUGCCGAGGUGUGUGUUUGUGCUGCAUAUCGGGACUGUUGUCCUAUCAGAUGAGGCUGUGUUAAUCUCUCGCGGCAAGUCUCUGGGGCUAACUUGGAAGUUUUACGAUCAAGAUGUGAUGACUACGCGGAUGCGAGCCGGUAGAGUGGUGGUUUUUGAUUUCUCUACUGAAUACGACACACCUCUUACAAAUGAGUUUCUGAAUUAUAUGAAACAUGACGAGUUGAAAAUCUUAAUUUGUCAACUGGACCAACCAAAUAAACCUAUUGCGAGCUGCUCACUACCACUUCGAGACGCUUUAUUAAACACAAACAGACGUGCGGACAUGUCACUUGCUCUGGUGGCUGGCCCCCAGAUAAUGUACGCUCGACAACGGAAUAAUGUGUCAGACAUUCUGGAUGCCGGUGAUGAAAUGGGUGUCCUUGAUCUUUGGUGUAUGUUGCGAGCUGAUGCAAAAUUUAUACCUCUAAUUAAUAAAGCAAUAGCACGGGAAUCCAAACCAACCCUACUGAGCCGAGAACACAACAUGUCUGAUUCUAAACGCAACGAGAAACAAAGGGAUAAAAUACCUACUAAACAAUUUAAACCAUUAGAUAAGAAGUCGCAACAGAACGAUGACUUCAGUUUACAUCGCUGGGGCAGCAGCGUACUCAAGCUGCCGUCCAGGCAAACGAGCAAAGAAUCCUCUGAUAAAAUCAAACAGGAAAAUGAUUUGGAGGGACAGUCUGAUAUAAAUGUGCAAGACUGUAGACGUCUUGACAGUAGCGGUUUCAAGAUGACAGAUACAGUGGAGAUUGACCAAGUGACGCCAAGAAAGAAGCUCACUAUGCUACAUAGUCCUGUAAAAAAGUCUAAAACAAAACCAAAGAAGACACCAUCACGAACUACGAGCGCCGCUGCACAAUACAAUGACGAUCAAGAGUCCAUGAUCAUUGAUGAAGUGUUCGCCAACAUUAGAACGUCGGAUGACAUGAAACGUGUUAUGAAUAGGAGAGAAGAAUUCCUGCACGGAGAGUCAAGAUUUGAUGAUUCAGAAUUGGACGGUUUUAAGGAUACUGAAAAACAGAACCCAGCAAGACAACCUGGCCAGCACCAGUCAACGGAUAUGUCUAAUACGACUUUUCUAAGUAAUAUAAUGGAAGAUCACAACAGUAAAAAGACUAGAAGGUUUGAAACGGCAAGUACUUUAUCUCAAGACAUAAGUCUGGAGCCAGCAGUUCUGCUUCCAAGGACCUCCUUCGGAAGUAAAAGAAGUGACAUCACUGAUAUAAACAGAAAAUAUGACAACAUUGCGAAAUUGUACGCCAAGUAUAACGCACAGAAGAACGAAGGUGCAAGAGCAGACCAGACAAAAAAGCAAGUCAAAAUUAAUUCAAAACGAGCCAGCAAAGUCUCAGAAGAGCCAAAAAAGGAUAAGCCCGAAGAGGAAGAACUGAGCAUUGACAUCACAAUUCUCUGGCUGGCUCUCAACGAGGAGUGCGAGGCGAUGUUGAAUCCCCGAGUGCAGAGAGUAUACGUGUCUUACGAAUUCCUAGGAUAUUCUGGUGCAGAUCUCGAGACCCCUGUCAGUCUGCCUAAGCCCAAACACUAUGUGGACAAGUGUUAUUUCAAUUUUAAGAAAACCUUUCAGAUAGAGAAAGACGAUAUGCCAAUGCUGGGUGAAAUGGCUAGAUGUCGGGCUACCAGUCAGGUCUCCAAGACUGAUAAGGAUUGCAUUGUGUUCUCUGUGAUCAGUGAACCACCUGAGGAUCCUUUGGGCUUGGAUAUAUGUGAAGAUAUUGGAUACGCAUACCUCUACUUGGGUGACCUGCUAGCGUAUGGUGUUGGUAGCCCCGGUUAUACGGAAGUAGUUCCCGUCCGGUCUCGGAGCGGGACCUCUGUGUGUGGAGUACUGGCUGUUCGCCUGGACGGGCUCGACGUGCUAAGACGAUGUCUCGAGAUAGUUGAUUCGCAAAUGCCUCCUUCCUGA